AUGAAAAAGAAAGAAAAAUUUUUGUUUGUUGGAUGUUUUUGUUUAUCAAUAAUUUUUUUUACCUAUGGAUUUUUCAACAUAAAAAUUAAACUAGGAAAUAAUUAUAUUUUCAAUGAUAAAAGUCAUCUUGUUUUAAAGUUAAAACACAAUGAAACCAUUAAUUAUUUAAAAAAAAAAUGUAAUAAAUAUAAUGAUUUAUUUGAGUAUAAAAAUAAAACAAAAGUUGUAUUUAUUCUUGUUGAUGGAUUAGCAUUUCGUUUUCUCUCCAAUACCACAUCAUCCAUUAAAAUGAAAAAAGUUAUGAAAUUAGUGUCUUCGGGUACAUUUUCAUUAUACAAAAACUUUUGUUCUUAUCCUACUUUUACAUUAUCUGGAAUGAAAAGAUUAUUUACCGGAAGAGAUGCAUCAUUUAUGGAUUCUAUUUUUAACCUUGGUUCAUCAAUAAUCUCCGGAGAUACUUUAUUUAAUAAAUUGAAAGAAAAUGGGAAAAAAAUGUUAUGCUUAGGGGAUUAUUUAAUUUUCUCUUGGUUUCCAAAUAUUUUUACAAAAGAUUCUGUCAAAACAAUUACAACAACAGACCUUCAGCAUUUUAACGACGUUGACUUAAUAACUGGUAACCAUAUUAAUUAUGUAAUGAAGGAUAAAUAUUUUAAUUGGGAUUUUUUAUUAAUAUAUUUUCUCGGACUAGACCAGGCUGGGCAUUUCCUAAAUAAUGAUAAAGGUAAAAUGAUAGAGAAGAAAAUUAAUGAAUUAGAUGAAUAUAUUUUUAAAAUAUAUAAUGAAAUGUCAUCUAAAAAUGAUAGUUAUGUAAUUGUAAUUAGUGGUGAUCAUGGUAUGAAUGCUUUUGGAAGUCAUGGUGGUUCUGAAAAAGAUGAAAUUGAAUCUGGAUUUUUAAUUUCAAUAAAAGAUAAAAUAUUUAAUAAUAGUAAAAAUAUAAAUGAAAUUUAUCAAUUAGAUAUUACUCCAACAAUUUUAAAUUUAUAUGGUAUUGAAACAACUAAUGAUAGUAUUGGUAUUGCAUAUGAUUUUACAUCAGAUUUGUAUGAAAAAAUGUAUUUAGUUAUAGUUAAUUUAAAGCAUUUUAUUUUGAAUUUUAAAUUAGAUAAAAAAAUCCUUCAUAAAGCUGAAGAAUGUAUAAAUUUAAUGUUUAAUGAAAUUAUAACUAAAUGUGAGAAAGAAAAUAAAAUAAACAUUAAAAAUAUAAUAGAAUGUGAAGAAAUUAUAAAAACUUUACGAAAGCCAUUUCUUCUGAAUACACCAACACCAAAUUAUGUUCUGGUUUAUUUUGCUUUUACACUAGCAUUAAUUGGAGUAUCUUGUUAUAUCUUUAGUGAAAUUGAAAAUCUUAAAAGAUUAAAUAUUAUUCUUUUUAUCAUUAUAUCAUUAUUUUUUAUGGGCUCUAGUUUUAUUGAUGAAGCUAGUGAUGUAUGGUUUUUUUUGCUUCAAACAUUUCUUGUUUUAAAAAUGAUUCAAUUUAAGGAUAGUAUUAGAAUGUUUAAAACUUUAAAAAUUAUGUUUUUAUGUAGUAUAAUGCAUAAUUUAAUGCAACAUGUACGUAGAAGAUAUUUGAUUCCACAAAAUAAUUCAAAUCUUGUUGGAAAGGGACGUUGGUUAGAACCUAUUAUGAGGGAUAUUAUUA